AUGCCUUACAUAUUUCAAAGACAGGAUGACCCGCUAUCGGUGUGUGCUCAGACUUGUAUGGCAACGGGUGAAUUAGGAACAUGCACAAGUGUAACGGAUUAUGCUUGUAUUUGUACCAGUGAUACCUAUAUCAGUUCUGUAGCUACAUGUUGGGCUUCAAAUUGUACUGCCGCAGAAGCCACAGCAGCCGAAGCGUACUCUCAAACUGCUUGUUCCUUUUAUUUAGGAGGUAACUCGACCACAGCUGGCAACAGUACCAGUACGAACAACGGGACAGCCACUUCCGCUUCUGCUUCCGUCUCCGCCUCUCCAAUGAGUACCGAAGCUCCUUAUGUUAUCCCUCAUUCCUUCGUUGUUCUACAGGGUGUGAUGAGUUCAAUCUGCGCCGCCAUACUUCUCCUUGCCAUCCUCAUGGGAGCCCUCUCCGUCCGAAGUAAAAUCCAACGUGAAAACGCUACUCAAAACCGUUCAUGGACCGGAGUAGGUGGUUCAACCUUCGGUACAAACGCCGAUUCUAAACAUAAACCUUCAUUCGGUUUCCGUUCGGGUCAAACUGGUUCUUCAGCAUUCACAAAUUCUCGUAAUGCCACUUCCACAUUCGCAUCAGAUGUCGGUAUUCAGUCAUCUACUUUUGGAGGUCAAUCUCAAGGUCAAACCGUAUCAUUCGGGGCUGUAGGACCACAUGGGACUGGUGGAAGGGAAAGUACUGGAAAAGGUUUCACAAAUCGAUUAACUUUAGGUGAUAUGGGUACUCAAGAAGAAGAAUGGGAAAUGGAAGUGAAAGAAGAUAAAAGUGUAGAGGUUGAAUCACCUACGAGAGGAGAAAGUGAGAUAGAGUUAGAAGAAGGAAGUACCGUUCAUCUUAAUAGAUUGGAUAGGUUUGGUGGACAUGCUCUUUGA